UGCACUCACAUUUAGAACAUCUGAAAUAAGAAAUUUUAGGCGAAUUUUUGCGCAUAAGACGCUGUAAGCGGGUGACAGUUCCACAUUCGAGCGAAUAAGUAAUGACGUCGGGCUUAAAGCGUCUUUAAGCGGUAACUAGCCUUCUAAAGAGAGCGCUUAUAAAGUCUUAAGCGGAAUGUGGAGGGGCAGAUUGUGUCAAAUCUGUCAAUGAAUUUGGAAAUUGAGGGAAUAUUUACAGCUGGUUAUAAGGUUUUGGAUUAUCGCCAUUAAAAAUUAAAAAAAUGUCUCAAAAAACUGUAAUGUGCUCAUACAAUUUAAAUGGAUUAACUAUCGAAGUUGAUGGGGAAACGGCAGAAUUACUAGAAAGCGAUGAACAGUUUAGAAAAAAUUAUGAAACAGCGAUAUCUAAAAUAUUUUCGAACAAUACAGACACAAACAACGUAGCAGCGAUAUCUCAAGAAUUUUCCAGCAAUACAGACACAAACAAUGACCAACAAGAAAUAACAAAUUCAUUAGUAUGGACUUCAAAGAAAUCGUCGUCAGAAGAUGUCGAGGCAACUAUUUUAUUAUUGAAUAUGAGAAAGAAGUUCUCCAGCAAGUUUGAUGACCAAAAACACCCAAAAAUUCAUUUAUGGCAGGAAAUCGCCAACCAUUUAAAUUCAAAAAAAUUUUUUGUUGGUGAAGGUAUUGACGGAGCUGAAAGGUGCCGUAAAAAAUUUUCUAAUCUGCAGGCAACAUAUGUAAAAUACAAAGACAAAAAACACCAAACUGGCGAGGGUAAAGUUUUAAAACCACCAUUCUUAGAGGAAAUGGAGGAAAUUUUCCAGUAUAAAGAUAAAUUUAACCCACCAAUAAUAAUAGACAGCAUUAAAACAAAACAUGAAACAAGUACUGAUACUACUAUCAGAAGUGAUAAUAAAAACUGUCCAAGCUCAUCAAAAGAAAAUUUGUCACCAUCAGUUUCCACUGAUAGUGAUAACGAUCCAAUUAAUAAAUUUCAAAAUAUUCGAAGAUCAACUAAACCAGAUAGAGACAAACUUCUUUCUAACCUGAUUGAAGUACAAAAAAAAGAUAUAGAGGAAAGAAGGUCAGAGUUUGGAAGAAUUAUGUCAUUUUUGGAGACUACGUCAAAUCAAAGACAUGAGCAAAUCAUGGCAUUACUGAAGAAUAAAGAAUCAAAAAAAAGGAAGAGGCAUGAUUCUGAUAGCAGUGGAUAACUCAACACUAAUAAUAUUUAAUGAUAUAUACAGGGUAGCCCAUUAGUGCGAGGAAGUCCAAGAUAUGAAAAAAAGUUUUAUACAGAUGUUGCAUGGUUUAUAAAAGGGUUGAAAAGGACAUAUCCUAAAAAUAUUUUUUUGUAUACAGGGUGUCCCAAGAAAAAGUUGUGAUAAAUUUUGAAGUUGUUUAAAUUGGGAUCCCCAUUUUUCUCUACAGAUUUGGAUUCAGCAUAAAAUUCUGCAUAUAGUACUCUAUUUUUAUUUCCAGCACUAUGUGGUGUAGCUAUUUUAUUUCAUAGUUACUGAAACUUUGGUUAAAAACACUAUAUCCGAAAAGUGGUUAUAAACUAGAAUGAAUUUAACUUUAUUAAUACUUAGCUAUAUUUUAAUAAACCCGCGAGGGAAAAUUUACAUGAUCUUAUACAUGGUAAAUUUUAUAGUGUUAAGAACAUUUAAAAUACUAUAUCUCCAUUUUUUGAAAUGCAACACCCUGUAUAUUAUUUCUUCUUUUAGAUGCAGAAUUAUAAAAUGAACAUUUUUUAUAUUUAAAGUGUAAUAAUUUUUCUCCUAAUUUUUAAUGGUUUAGCAGUUAUUACCAUUAUUAUAUUAGAGAGAAUGUUUAAUUAUUAUAUUACAUAUGGCUCUUUCAAUAGUAAAUUUUGAUCAGAGCCACCUUGUGAUUUUUUGCCUUAUAGUUAACUACUGAAAGAGCCAUUUUCAAUAUACUACAAAUAUCUGCGAAAGUGUAAAAAACAUACAAUGUCCGUGUUUUAAUUCUGCAUCUAAAAGAAAAAUUAUAUUACAUGGUGUUGCAUAUAAAAAAAUUGAGAUAUAGCAUUCUACAUACUGCAAUGGUUUGUAUAAAAAAUAUGCAGUAUAAGAUAAUGUGAGAUUUCUAGCAGGGAUGUAUUCUUGGUAUUUUUAAAAGUAAGUAUUAUAAAGUUAUAUUUACUACAGUUUUAAACACUUAUAUAGUGUUUUUAGCCAAAGUUUUAGUACGAAAUAAAAUGGUAACACCGCAUAGUGCUUCAAAUAAAUAGUGUACUCUAUUGUGCAGAAUACCUGGAUAGCUACAUAUUUAAAAAAAUUGUCUCUCAAUUGUUACAAUUUCUUGGGCAUUCGGCCACUGUAUGUACUUAGGUACCAAUUCUACCAAUCUUCCUAUCAUUAUAUUAACAUAAUAAUGAACUGUUGACGUUGCAACGUCAAAUCUGUCUCCAAUAGAGACUAAGGAGUCCCCUUUUCCUAACCACCAUAGUGUCAUAAGAAGCACUUUUUCACAAUUUAAAGGUACCCCACCUCCAUGAUAAGUUUUAUUAAGUUCAGGGCAUUGAACCACACCCACUAGCUUGUGGAAAGUAUCUGAUGAAUCAGAAAGCUCUGGUCAUCCGAAAAUGCAUGUAAAAGUCUACAUUUUUGUAUCGGAUAUCCAAUUUUCAUUAUAUAUGGAAUAUGGAUUGUAUGUGGUUGUUUCUUUCAAAAAAUAAAAAGAGUGUACUAUUAUGCAGUAUUUUAUGCUGAAUCCAAUUAUGUACGGAAAAGUGGGGCUACAAUUUAAAAAAAAACUUAAAACUUUAUCAUAAUUUUUUUGGACACCCUCUAUACUACAAAAUAUUUUUAGGAUAUGCACGAUUAUAAACUAUUCAAUAUCUUUAUAGAAUUUUUUCAUAUCUUUGUCAACAACAACGAUAUCAUUGACUUCCUCGCACUAAUGGGCCAUCCUGUAUAAUAUUUUUAAAAAUUUGAAUUUAUUAAUAAAAAUGGUCUUACUU